GGUGAAAGAAAGGAUUGCGUUGACUCACAGACAUGCGGUCUUUCACCUGGAUCAGUGCGCUGCUUCUGCUGCUCUAUGUCUGGUCUGGGAGCGCCAACACCUCCAGGCAAAGCAGACAAAUCUCAGCCAACCAUCCCGGUGUGUGUCGUUAUGGGAGAAGACUAGAAUGUUGCUAUGGUUGGAAGAAAAACAAUAAAGGUCAAUGUGAAGCUCAAUGUGAACAUGGCUGCGAGCACGGAGAGUGUGUCGGCCCCAACAAAUGCAAAUGCUUCCCUGGAUACACAGGAAGGAGCUGCAGUCAAGAUCUGAAUGAGUGCGGCUUGAAGCCACGUCCCUGUGAGCACCGCUGUAUGAACACACAUGGCAGCUACAUGUGCUACUGCCUCAAUGGCUACACCCUGAUGCCAGAUGGCUCCUGUACUAACUCGAGGACCUGUACCCUGGCCAACUGUCAGUACGGCUGCGAGGAGGUGCAGGGGGAGACGCGCUGCCUAUGCCCCUCCACAGGCCUCCAGCUGGGGCCAGACGAGAGGUCCUGCGUGGACAUUGAUGAGUGUGUGACAGGGCAGAAUCUUUGUCCUUUCAACCGACGGUGUAUCAACACAUUUGGCAGCUACUACUGCAAAUGCCAGAAUGGGUACGACCUGAAAUAUGUAGAUGGAAAAUAUGACUGCGUAGAUAUCGAUGAGUGCCUCUCUGGAAGCCACAAGUGCAGCCACCAUGCUGAAUGCCUCAACACACAAGGAUCAUACAAAUGCAAAUGCAAGAAAGGCUUCAGAGGCAGUGGUGUCGACUGCACUGUCAAGCCCUUUUAUCAGAGCUCGUGGGACGGAGACAGGGGCAGUGCAGAUGAGUUCCUGAAUGCACUCCCAGACUCCCCAGUGAAGCCGUACAAGCCUGAUGUUGAGCAGAAGAACGUGAUCCCUGAGCCCGAGGUGACCGAGGCACCCCGCCCCCGCCUCCAGCCAUUCGACUACGAGGGAGGAGUCUACAUAGGUGGACCUGGAGAAAAUGUUGCAAAAUUUCGCGAAGAGGAUUACGGUGAGGAGAGGGGGGAUGGCGGCAAUGAGGAGAACCAAGUAGACAGUGAGGAACCACCAAGAGGAGAUGUUUUCACUGCUGAGGAACUCAAGUCAGUGUAUGGUCCCCCUACCGAAGUUAAGGAGAUCCAAAUUGAUCCAACACAGGAUGAGUUCAUCACAGACUGCAACUUUGAUCAGGGUGCAUGCGAGUGGAUGCAAGACCAAGAAGACGACAUGGAGUGGGGGGUUUCCUACCAUGACAAUGGGCUGGUAUAUUAUAUGGCUGUAAGUGGCUUGUUGGGAGAGAAGAAUGAUGUGGCCCGGCUCAAGCUACUUCUUAAUGACCGGGCCAGAAGGACCAGCAGCUUCUGCCUGACCUUUAACUACCGCCUGGUGGGCCACCAGGUGGGCACUCUGAGGGUGUUGCUGGAUAACGACACCAAUCAGCUGUGGGAGAAGAGACACACCCGCAGCCAGGAGUGGCAGACGGAGCUCCUCACCAUCACAUGGGAGAAUGAAGCACCAGAAGAGGUCAUCUUUGAGGCAGAGCGUGGCAGAGGUACUGAGGGAGAGAUCGCGCUGGACAAUGUUGUACUGACUUCUGGGUCCUGUCAGGACGAUGAUGCCGGCCUAUUUUAACUAAGUACUUCUUUCAGACAAAAGAAGUAAUUCCAUGGCAUAAUACAACAAGCUCUUAGUUAAGAGCAAGUAAUCGUCACCAGACCAACUGCAACCACAACUUCAGCUACCCAUACAAAAUUACGCUUGGUCUCAAUUGAAAUGGAUAUAUGGGAAGAACAUUUUCAAAAUUAGCAAUAUUUUGCCAACAUGUUUCUCUUGGGAGGCAAAAUGUUGUAAAUCUGAGGAAAUUAUUCAAUAUAGAGGAAUUACCAGAUACAUUAAUUUCUUUUUUAGAUGCAAAAUGCUAGAUUGAAAAACUCAGGUGCAUGACGUAAUAAACACACAAACACACACUGACACACACUGACACACACACACACACACACACACACACUUUUUAAAUUGCCACUAUGCUGCAGUAUAGCUCACAGCAGAAUGUAGUAUGUGUGUAACAAGUAUAAGAUAGAUAAAAGCAGAUAGAUUGUGAUAGUUUUUGAAGAUGUCUGAGCAGUCUCCAUUCACUGUUUGUAUGAUUAAUGAUUGCAACUUCAUUUACUGCUGUACAUUUUGCUUUCAUAAUGUAUAACAUUAAAAUGUUUCCUUUUUUA